AAGAGACUUUUAUUUGUGGCUCUCAGUCUGAGCUGGGCAGGUUUCACAAGAAGUACUGUCGGUCCCGACACCCAGAGGGACGCCGGUGCCUUUUUUGUACACGCUGUAAAAGAGCGAGCAAGACUGUCUUUCCGGAGGACGUGCACAGAGAAACUACCUGCCUGUCACCGGAGAUGAUGAGCAAAACCUGGGAAAUGAUUCUGAGGGACUCUUCUGAUGGGAUGGAAAACGUGACUGCGAUGUAAACACGGACUAUCGAUCUCUAAUCAGGAGUGUUUUCCAUCACCAUGAUGUCGCCACGUGGGCUCCUGACUUACCUGCUCCUGCAGCUCUUCCUCCCGCUCACCCUGUCCUUUCUGCACCCUCCUCACCACCCGCCUGUCCACGUACCCACGCUGGUGCCUCAUGUGCCGACGCCUCUCAUCCGCUCCCGCUUCAGCGCUCAGACCCAGCUGGACUUCACCACUCACUGCAACUCCAGCUGCUUCCACAGAGGAGAGCAGGGGGCCCAGAAGGAGCAGCUCACAGAGAAAUUGGCUUUUGAGACACUAUACGCCAACGGCUCCCGCACUCUCACUACUGUAGACGUGAAGGGUGAUGAGGAGGUUGAAACGGAUCACUUUGAUCACCCUUCACCGAUUCGAGGAACAAGAGUGAAGCCCAGGAAAAAACGAGUGAGGCGGCAGAUUUAUGGCGCAGACGGACGCUUUAACAUCCAAGGUGACAACUUCCUAUUGGAUUACCCUUUCUCCACAGCCGUGCGGAUCUCCACCGGCUGUACCGGCGUUCUUGUGUCUCAGCAGCAUGUCCUCACAGCUGCCCAUUGUUUGCAUGAUGGGAAGGAUUAUGUCAAGGGGGCGCGGAAGCUCAGGGUGGGCUUCCUGAUUCCUCCAUCCAUCAACGGCACCAAAGCCGGCCUCACUUCUGCCAAGAAGCCUCUGGUCCGCUGGGUGAGGGUGAAACGUACCCGUGUGCCAAAGGGCUGGAUCCAGGGCCCUCAGGAGGUUAGCAUGGACUUUGAUUACGCCCUGCUGGAGCUGCGUUGGCCUCACCGACGUCCCUUCAUGCGCCUCUCCGUGGCUCCCUCCUCUGAUGACCUGGCAGGGAACCGCAUUCACUUCUCUGGUUUCGACAGCGACAGGUCCGGGGAGCUGGUGUACAGAUUCUGUCCCGUGGAAGAAGAGUCCAGCGACCUGAUAUACCAGCACUGUGAUGCCCGACCUGGAGCCAGCGGCUCUGGAGUGUAUGGAAGAGUGUGGGACAACAGUUUAGAGCGAUGGGAAAGAAAGGUCAUUGGCAUUUUCUCUGGACACCAAUGGCUGGAGAUAGAUGGGGAGAACCGGGACUACAAUGUGGCCGUGCGCAUCACUCCUCUGAAGUUUGCACAGAUCUGUUACUGGGUACACGGUAACCGACUAGACUGUGUCCAGGACUAAGACAAAAGUAGGACAAACGGACAAGGAGGAGGAUUUGAGAGUAGGCUAUAGCAUGAAAAACACAGGAAAGCACAAAGCGGCUGAAAACGUACAAGGUGAAAUGUCUUAUUUCCCCUAAAGAGAGUGAGUAAAACGGGAUUAAAUCCACGCAAAAAUAAAUUCAGUGAUGCACCAGUAGGGCAGAUCUACUCAUCUACUUUUGGACCAAGAUCCCCUUCACUGAUUUAUUUCUGUCCUGUAUUUAAUUUGCUCCCUGUAACCUCUGGGCCCAUUCAACAAAUCUGCCUGUGAGAUCAUCAACACGGCAUCUUUUAAUACGUUUUUCCCGCAGUUAGUUUAAUAACACACUCAGUGUUUCCACAGUGUUAACAUAAGACACUUUUCCUCAUGUGUCAGUAGCAGCAGAUUAUUUUCCUACUCUGGAUGACGUUUUGUCUUUAUAUCUUUCCUGCUCUCUUUUCUGACUCUGGGGAAAUGGUUUGGUAUUUUUAUAGCUCUUCAAGGAUCAUUCAGUUUGUGGAAACCACUGAUGCUCUUGUCACUGUGGACUGGGCAGAGUGUUCUUUUUUUUUUGAGAAAUUCGUGAUAUAUUUUAAUAAACAGAGAUUUAUAACACA